AUGACGUUUUAUUAUCGUUUCAUUUCUCAUGGCGUUUUCAUAUGCAGAUACGCUAUGGUGUUUGUACAGUUCAUUGAUAUAGACAAUUACCACUACAAUGUUACAUUUGGUGCUGCAUUAUUGGUGUCGGAAACUGCUGAUACGUAUAUUUGGUUGUUGAGAGUUUUUCUAAAAGUUGUUGGUUCUCAACCAAAAGUUGUUGUCAAUGACCAAGAUCCAGCAAUGAAGAAGGCUAUUUCUAUUGUAUUUGUUGACACGAGGCAUCGGUUAUGCAUGUGGCAUGUGAUGCAUAAACUUUCUUUGAAGGUUGAUUUCCUUAUUUUUGUGUUUGGCGUUUUAAGAUGUAUGGCGUUCUUUAACGUCUUUAUUGUCUUUCAUGUUGGUGUUAGGCUAUGCAAUUCCACCAUUUUCAAAGAACGUAUUGCUGGUGUUGUGUGGACGGAUAUUCUUACACCUGAAGAGUUUGAUUCAGAAUGGGAAGUGGUUAUCGGAGAGUUCAAUUUAGAAGAUAAUGACUGGCUAUCUGAUAUUUUUGCACUCAAGGAAUCUUGGAUCCCUGCAUAUUAUAUAAUGGAAGAGUUGUCGGGCCUUAUGCGAAUGACAUCGAGGUCGGAGAGUGAGAAUCAUUUUUUUGGUCAAGUGUGCAAUUCAAAAGCUACUCUUGUUGAGUUCAUGACUCAUUACGAAACUACAAUUGAAGCACAACAUCACACGCACCGGAAAAAUGAUCAUGAAUCUCGAUACAAACGCCCCCAGUUGAAGAGUAAUUACCAAGUGUUGGAGGGCCAAGCUACUGACAUAUAUACAAAAAAUAGUUUUUGUGACGUUCAAGCUGAGCUAAUCGGAAUUGCGGAUUGCAUAAAUCAACGUUACGAAGAUCAGGCCGAUGGGUUUGUUAAGUUUUACAUAAUGAUUUCCAGCAGCCUUGUACAUCCUUAUUUGAGGCGUUUUGAGCAGUUUGGUUUGCUAUGUAGACAUAUAUUCUAUGUUUUGAGAAGUUUGGACAUUAGGAAAUUUCCAAAACAAUACAUUUUGAAUAGAUGGCGUAAAGAGGCUUCCCCAAACUGCUCUUCCGAAUACUCAAUUAGUCGCGAAUACAUGACCGAUCUUGAUCCCGAUGUGCAAAGUGUGAUGCGAGAGAUUAUUUUUUCAACGGAGUAUACUUUGAACCGUUUAUCUGGUAAUAAAGAGGAGUUAUCCUUAUACAAGGAUCAUGUUCAAUCUUAUAUGAAGAAGGUUCAAGAUAUGCAGAUUGUUGCUCCUCCUGCUAAGGAGUUAUCCUUAUACAAGGAUCAUGUUCAAUCUUAUAUGAAGAAGGUUCAAGAUAUGCAGAUUGUUGCUCCUCCUGCUAGUACUAGGGAUAGAUUUGCCGAGAUAACCGGUCAAUAUAAAAACGACAAGAAUCCGAUAAGAGUUCCUGUUGGGUAUAAGUCCAAAGGUUCUUGA